GCCACAAAGAAAAGGCCUUCAGACUAUAUAGUUAGCGUCAGCUCUUCAAGCAAUCUACGGCGCUUGCUAUAGUACUACACCUAGUACCGACUAACUAUACCUAUACCCUCAAUUCAUGGCACGAGAAACCACUCCACUCCUCGAAAAUGACGGCCCACCAGCUACAGGGAACGUGGCCGAAGAGACCCUCACAUUGGUCCGUUCGUCAACCUCGCUGGUUCUAGUGUCCUACCUUCAAUUUUCUCUUCCCUUUGCGGGGCUCCUCUUUGUGGGUCGACUCGGGAUCGACGAGCUCGGGGCUGUCAGCCUCGGGGCUAGUAUCACCAAUAUCACCGCAUACGGGGUCUAUCAAGGGCUGUGUUCCGGACUGGACACCCUCGGGGCCCUCGCCUACGGGCUGCGGCGGUGGGAUCUGGCCACCCUGUAUCUAAAGAUGACGCUCAUGCUUCUGACGAUCGUGAGCUGCCCGGUGGGCCUGGGAUGGUGGCAUAGUCAAUCCAUCUUGCGGACGAUGGUGUCGCCGAAAAUCGCCGCUCUCACCUCGCAGUACCUCCGGGUCUCGUUGCUGAGCCUGCCGGGCCAUGCAGGAUUCGAGGCCGGCAAGCGCUUCCUGCAGAGCCAGGGGAUCUUCCACCCGCCAAUUGUGGUCCUCUGUUGUGCGGUCCCGGUCAAUCUCGCGUUGCAUUGGUGGUUUGUCUAUCGGCUGCAGUGGGGCUUUGUCGGGGCGCCGGUCUCUGCAGCACUGUCGGACACCAUACUUGGGGCAGGUCUUCUGGCCCAUGCCACUUACCUCCGUCCCAUCAGCCGAUGCUCGCAUGACGACGAUGACUCCGCCUCUUCGUCAUCGUCUCCAAAUUCAUUGCUCCGCGCGGGGGCACAUUGGCCGAGGCUACUCCGCCUCGCGCUGCCGGGCUCGAUCACGGUGCUGGCGGAGUAUCUGACAUUCGAGCUGCUGACGGUCGGGGCGGGGAAGCUGGAUGCGACGCGGCUGGCGGCGCAGAGCGUGCUCAAUGGGACGGUGGCUGUGGCGCUGCAGCUCACCUUUGCGAUUGCGAGCGCGACGACGCUGCGUGUGGCAACGCUGAUGGGCCAGAAUCGCCCGCGUCGUGCCCAGCUGCACAUGCGCAUCGCGCUGACGACCGCGGUCGUGGUGGGACUGCUCAACCUCAGCGUGCUCCUGACGGGGCGGUACUGGAUCUCCCGGCAGUUGUGCACCUCGGUCGAGGUGCAGACCCUGGUGGUGCGGACCAUGCCCUUCUGCGCGCUCCUGCAGAUCGUCUAUGCUACCGCGGAGUGGGCCAAUGGGGUAAUGAAGGGGCUCCAGAUGCAGCAGACUGCCGGAUUUCUGUCUCUGGUCUGUCACUAUACGAUUGCACUCCCCACUUCGUUCGUCGCGGGCUUACUGUUGAAAGGCGGUCUGGUGGGUCUGUGGCUCGGCCCCAUCAUUGGGAUGACGAUGUUUACCCUCCUUGCCACUUGGGUGAUCUUUCGAGGAGGCCUUUACUGAGAAUAUGACUCGGGCAGGUCUUGACUCAUUCGCCUUCCGCCAGACGAAUAGCGAGUGGCGACGGAGAUGAAGCUGGUGGCAUUGGAUGCUUGAGGUAUCCGUCUUUAAGGGUAGGGAGACUGAGUCAACAACUACUUCAAGGUCAAAGCGGCAGGUUACAGUAGGUACGAGGUAGUUACAGACCGUUUUACCGGAAACAGCAGUAGUAGCCGGGUAGUCUUCUAUGUAGUACCUGGUAAUUACUGUACAGUUCUCCGUAGUAGUACCCAUACUGAACUACUACAGAUAAUUGACCCAAAGAUACAGUCGAAAAGUACUUCACCCCCUCCCCCCCAAGAAAAGAAGAGAAAAGAAAAGAAAAGAAAAUCACUCACUUAGCGCAGCGAAAGCUCUCUCCGCCCCCAGCAG